AUGGUGGCCGAUCCCCCGCGCGGAGACCCCAAGGGGUUCGAGGCGGCCGAGCCCACCGGGAACGGUGCCCCGACGUUGCUCCCCAAAGAGGACCCCGACCCGGCAGGAGGCCGCUGCUGCGGUUCCCGGGAGCGGGUGCGCCGCUGCCUUCGCGCCAACCUGCUGGUGCUGCUGACGGUGGCGGCCGUGGUGGCAGGCGUGGCGCUGGGGCUGGGGGUCUCGGGGGCCGGUGGCGCGCUAGCGCUGGGCCCCGCGCGCCUGGCGGCCUUCGCCUUCCCCGGCGAGCUGCUGCUGCGCCUGCUGAAGAUGAUCAUCCUGCCGCUGGUGGUGUGCAGCCUGAUCGGCGGCGCCUCCAGCCUGGACUCGAGCGCGCUCGGCCGCCUGGGCGCCUGGGCGCUGCUCUUUUUCCUGGUCACCACGCUGCUGGCGUCCGCGCUCGGCGUGGGCUUGGCGCUGGCCCUGCGGCCGGGCGCCACCUUCGCCGCCAUCAACGCCUCGGUCGGCGCCACGGGCGCGGAGGAAGAGGCCCCCAGCAAGGAAGUCCUCGAUUCGUUCCUGGAUCUUGUGAGGUCAGUCUUCCCCUCCAACCUGGUGUCCGCAGCCUUCAGCUCAUAUAGUACCGUCUAUGAAAGCAGAUGGAUCAACGGAACCAAGGUGAAGGUGCCCGUUGGGGAUGAGGUAGAUAGUAUGAACAUCCUGGGCCUGGUGGUAUUUGCCAUUAUCUUUGGCGUGGCCCUGCAGAAGCUGGGGCCCGAGGGAGAGCUGCUUAUCCGCUUCUUCAACUCCUUCAAUGACGCCACCAUGGUGCUGGUCUCCUGGAUCAUGUGCUCCGCCACACUGCCGCUGAUGAUGAAAUGCGUGGAGGAGAGGAAUGGUGUCGCCAAGCACAUCAGCCGCUUCAUCCUACCCAUCGGUGCCACCGUCAACAUGGAUGGGGCGGCGCUCUUCCAGUGUGUGGCCGCAGUGUUCAUCGCACAGCUCAACCAGCAACCCCUGGACUUUGUGAAGAUCAUCACCAUCCUGGUCACCGCCACGGCGUCCAGCGUGGGGGCCGCGGGCAUUCCGUCUGGAGGUGUUCUCACUCUGGCCAUCAUCCUGGAGGCAGUCAACCUGCCAGUUCACGACAUCUCCUUGAUCCUGGCUGUGGACUGGCUAGUGGACCGAUCCUGCACAGUCCUCAAUGUGGAAGGUGAUGCCUUUGGGGCGGGACUCCUCCAAAAUUACAUGGAUCGUGCAGAGAUGCGGAGUUCAGUGCCAGAGUUGAUCCAAGUGAAGAGUGAGAUGCCCCUGGCUCCACUGCCCGCCCCCACUGAGGAGGGGAACCCCCUCCUCAAACACCGCCUGGGAUCUGCUGGGGAUGCAGACCCCUGCGAGAAGGAGUCGGUUAUGUAA